GCAAAGAAGGUCUUGAAUGUCGUAAUGUUGAGACAAAGAUUAAGGGCAAUGAAAUGUAUAAGCAUGGCUAUUAUAGUAAGGAUGGAAGUCAGGUAAAUAUUAAUAUGGCGAAUCAAAAGGUUGAAUAUAAAACCUACAAUUAUGCUAGCGAGGUUAUUAAUGAUACUAAAGCUGCCAGUAAUGAUGAAGGCAAAGCAUUUGAGCAUUAUUCGAGUCUAGUCGAUGCAGAUAAAACUGAUAAUAUUAGUCUUUUCAUCAAUAGCAAUGCAAGAGAACAAUGUAAUCCUGGAUGGUGCUACCAAAAUAGCAAAAAUUCAGAUAAAAAUAGCAAAAGGAUGCUUGAAUGGAGAUGGAAAGCUAGAGAAGGUCGAGAUUGUGAUGAAAAAAUA